UUCACCACGCCUGCGCAAACAAAUACAAGAUGGCGGAGAGUGCGGAACUGAAGCAAAUGGUGAUGAGCCUGCGGGUGUCGGAGCUGCAGGUACUGCUGGGCUACGCCGGCCGCAACAAGCACGGACGCAAGCACGAGCUGCUGACGAAGGCGCUGCACCUGCUAAAGGUCGGCUGCAGCCCUGCAGUACACAUGAAGGUGAAAGAGCUCUACCGACGACGCUUCCCCGCAAAAAUGAUAUCCCACUCAGAGCUCACCAUGCCCGGGCCACACCACCCAGCCUCAGCGGGAAUGGUCGGAGGGGGCGGCGCUGCCCUGCCCGCUGGCCUGACACAGCUGGCAUAUGAGGGCCAUGCCGGUAAUGGAGGAGCCCCUUCGCCUGCCGCCUUAUUGCCCCUCUCACUGCUCGGGCCAGGGAAACACGAAUUGACCGGGCUGACACACCACCUGUCCAACUCUACCACGCUGCAUCCGGUCCAUCCAGACGUCAAACUGCAGAGGCUGCCCUUCUAUGACAUGCUGGACGAGCUCAUCAAGCCCACCAGUCUAGCAUCAGACAACAGCCAGAGAUUUCAGGAGACGUGUUUCGCCUUUGCAUUAACGCCACAGCAAGUCCAGCAGAUCAGCAGCUCGAUGGACAUCUCGGGGAACAAAUGUGACUUCUCAGUUCAAGUCCAGUUGCGGUUUUGCCUGUCGGAGACAAGCUGUCCUCAGGAAGACCAUUUCCCACCCAAUCUGUGUGUGAAAGUUAACGGAAAGCCGUGUAACCUGCCGGGUUAUCUUCCUCCAACCAAAAAUGGCGUCGAGCCGAAGCGGCCCAGCCGGCCCAUCAACAUUACCUCACUGGUCAGAUUGUCCACCACAGUUCCUAAUACCAUUGUGGUGUCGUGGACCGCUGAGAUUGGACGGAGUUACUCCAUGGCGGUGUACUUGGUGAAGCAGCAGUCCUCCACAGUGCUCUUACAGAGACUACGGGCUAAAGGCAUCAGAAACCCAGACCACUCCAGAGCUCUCAUCAAAGAGAAGCUCACAGCAGACCCAGACAGUGAAAUUGCCACGACCAGCCUUCGAGUGUCGCUGCUCUGUCCGCUGGGGAAGAUGCGGCUGAUGAUUCCGUGCCGAGCACUGACAUGCUCCCACCUGCAGUGCUUUGACGCCACACUCUACAUCCAGAUGAACGAGAAGAAGCCCACCUGGGUGUGUCCUGUCUGUGACAAGAAGGCCCCCUAUGAGCACCUCAUCAUCGACGGGCUUUUCGUGGAGAUCCUGAACAGCUGCACGGACUGUGAUGAGAUCCAGUAAGAGGAUGGCAGCUGGGCCCCCAUGAGGUCUAAGAAGGAAGUGCAAGAGGUCUCCUCUGCCUCAUACAAUAACGGGCUGGAUGAUUCAUGUCGGACGUCUUCAGGCUCAGAUCAGCGGAGCUCCUCGUCGUCCAGCCACGGCAACAGCAGCAGCAACAACAGCAAAAAAGUAGAGGUGAUCGACUUGACACUCGACAGCUCCUCAGAAGAUGAAGGACCAGAUUCACCACCUCCGCCGCCGCCUCCACUCCCGCCUCCACCCAAAAGAGCAUGCCCCUCUUUGUCCCCAACCUCGCCGCCUGUCAUCAACAAAGGAGUGUUGAACCUGCACCACCAGGCGUCUCCCCUGAGCCGAACUCCCAGCAUGCCCGCUGUGGACACCAGCUACAUCCCUCCUGUCCCUCCACUUAUACAGGACUACAGACCGUACUACCACACCCCCAAUGACCUGUCAGAGUUGAACUUCUUCUCUUUUCUCCAAGGCGACAAUCACCAGCAUUACAACAUGGUGAUGGCAGCAGCGGCCGCCGCUUCAGCCUCAGACGACCACGAGCUGCUUCUCAACCGCUUUCUCCCCUACACCACCUCCUCCUCCUCUUCGUCCCAGCUCUACUUAGACCAAUCGGGAGCAUCCUCGGUCAACUCGCUGACCGGGCAGACCAACGGGGCGAGCAACUCAGGCAGCACCAGCAGCCUGGUCUCGUCCAGCAGCCUGCGCGACACACACUCCACGCACUCGUCCUCACACUCCUCACACACACACCCCGGGGUGGUGGCCAGCAGGAGUAGCGCUGAGGCGGCAGUGGCAGCUAUUUACGGCGGAAUACCUGACGUUAUAUCAUUGGACUGACUCGAGAAGAGUCGGGACUACACUUUGGGUCCAGCUGUUAUCCGGUAACAAACAUUUUACUGCAGGGUAAAGUUUUGAUCCAGAAACUAGACUGGCCCCAAGUCUAGAAACUCAUAUAAGGGGUCAUAAUAAAAAGACAACCUAUGGAGGAGCACUACUGUUAAGAGUGUGUAACUCUGAGUGCUGACGGUUCCUUUCUCUUUGACUGACCUGAGAACAGCACAGAGUCCUCAUUUGAAGGGGUCAGCUGUGGACAUGGCGCGUUGGUGAACUGACUUCAGAUCAGAAGAAACCUGCGCAGGAGUUUACUGCCACACUACCGACCCCGCACAAGCAGCAGAGAAGCUACCUGAGCAAAAAAAGCAAAAGAGGACGUCUCUUCUUUUUUUUUACAAAACAGACGAGUGGCGCCGUGUACAGAGAACAAAAUAUAUUUUCCUCUUUUACUUUUGUAUGUUAAAUCAGAACAUAUUCAGUCUAGUGAGCUUCUUCAAUCGCGUUUCUCCAGUGGACGACUGAGGUUGCUUGUUAGUUCUCACAGAAGCCCAUACAGUACAUACGCCUGUUGCCAUGUGUUUAUCCUUUCCUUCUGUUUGAGGCUCUUUCCUGCUUUGUUGUUUGUUUGUUUUUUCUUUUCUCCUUUAGAGACUUUAGUUCCCCUUUGCUUUUUAUCUUUCUGGAGCUCUUUUUCGUCGUGAUGAAUUAUGAUUUCAUCUAUGUUAUGACGAGAACUUUUUAGACACUGAAUUUACAGUUUAUUCAUGUUCUAAUAAUUUUAUUCUGCGUUUAGUUGUGUAUACUAUUUAAACAUUUAUAAAUAUCUAUAAAUAUAUAAAUAUGCAUUCCCUCUGACCUUCAGGUGAAUACUGUGGGGAGUGUGUAGGCAUUUUUUUAUAAAUAUUCUCUCCUUGAUUUCCACCUUCACACAAAGACUUUGCAGACAUACAGCAUUUAGAAGAGGAGAUUUUUAGACUAUUUAUACUCGCCAAUUUUGAAGUUUUGAGCUGGAAGCGUAUCUUUCUUUUUCUUUGCACAAUGCCAAAAAUAACAUGCGAUACCUUUGAAAAGGAUAAUGAAAGUGGAGAUGAAUCUGUGUGCCAGUGUUUUCAGUCAAGUGUCUACUCCUAUGUUUUCAGCUGGUGUGUUUUUUUUUUGUGACACUUCAACUUUUAUGUCCUUCUGUGUCUUGUCGUCUCAGUGUCUAUGUUUUGUGCUUGACUGUUAAAAAGGAGUCACGAUGAAAAGUCAAGCAUCAGGCCUUUUUAUAAAAACAGACGGGUUAUAAUGACAUGUGAACAAGUUUAACUAGUGCCUGUUUGUGUGCAUGCGUCACAGCGUGUUGAAGGACUCAAAGACUGUCUGAAAUGGUCAAAAAAAAAACAACCGUUGUUUCGAAAAGACUGGAACCUCUGACAGUCUGGACAAUAUGUUUGGGAGUCAUCUUUGGGAAACUGCUCGUGUUAUAGUGUGAGUACAAGCAGACAGUUUAGUGCUUUAGAAGGAGAUCUGGACAUGCCAACUUAGGCCGGGCACAAAGCCGGAUGGUUUAAAAACACACGACCCCAUCAGUCACUCAUUCAUUGAGCGAUGUUGAAGUGUUAAAGCGAGGCAGAGGUUUGGGAAUACCUUGGAUGUUCUCGCAAUUCAGCCGGAAAAAAAAAAAAAACGCAGUUUGCUCAUGAAUGUAUUGUACAAUUUUAGAGGUGGACACGCUUUUGGUCUUUUUGCUUUCAUGUCAGUUAGAACAUGAAGACGUUCUAUAGCGAUCUGCUAAAGUCUGGUCACAUUGAGGCUGACAUACAGUAGACCUGGUCCCCUGUCUUUAGCCUGAAUCCCCUCUCUCAGCCUCUCCUGGAUGUCAGACUUCCAGACGUCUGAAGUUCAAUUCAAAGUCUCAUUAUUCCGACCAUGAUGAGAUAAUCACUUCUGAGUGCAGCCGCCCUCACCAGACAUACCCUCCUCUCCUCCUGAAACUAUCUGGGAGACUUAUUCAAGCCCCCGAAACCCCUCUUCCCUUCCUCCCUCUCUCUUAUAAUGCAUCAAGUUUAUUUCCUGUUAUUCUCAUGGAAGCUGACCCCCCCCGGCUCUCACUCUAUUGAUCAGAGCAAGUCGUGUAUUUCCUGUGUUGUGCAGUAUUUUAUUUAUUUUGUAUUCUUAUUUCAAUAUAUUAUAUUUUUACAUAUUGUAUGAUUUCCACGGGUGACUCACUGUCGCCAGGGAGCUUUUGUGAUUUGAUUUAAUUUAAUAUGGAUUUUAUUAUUCUUUGCCAGCAGCGCUAUUUAUCAAAAAGGUACCGCUUAGUUAUUCGUCAUGGAAAAAGCUGUGUGUGAUUUAAUGGGAGAUGACAUAAGUGACACUUUAUUGUAAGGGCACUAGACACAGUCGUAAUUUAUAUGUGCACCAUGAUUUCAUUCAGUUAUACAUUCAAGAUGGUUUAUGACUUCCUUUUGUUCUCCAUUAAGAACUGAUCAAGUCCCUGUGAGGCUAUGUGAUAACUCCAUGCUUAAUGGAUCAUCUAUUAAUGAUAAACUCAGUUACUGCCAACAUCAGUCUGUAUGCCAUCACAUAAGCAAGAAUCCAGUUAUGCUGAAAAAGCAGCCGUACUUAUUCUGAAAUGAAAUAUGAAGCUGUUUUUUUUUUAUUUCUUAAUUGAAGAUUUCUGAAACGACAUUAGCCUUGCUAGCUACAUGACAGAGUUCAUUAUCGGUACACAGCUUUGCUCUAGAAUGAAAUAUUGUAAAAGUUAGUAUUGUUGUCUUUAAAGACAUGAGCGUUCCCCAGAGGCUGAUCCAGCUGACGUAGAUGAUCUUCUGAAUUUCAUCUUGCUCAAACUGUUAGCUUGUCCGAUGACUAAUCGCUUACUGCCUGAAAAACUAACCCCACUCCCACCAGCCUCAGCUGUACAUUGUGAUUUUUGCUAAAAAGGUAAUGCUCACGUUACAACAGGCUAAAGUAAUGGUAUCACAUUGUAACACUAUUACAAUCAGCCAAACAUUAUGACCACCUAUGCAAGCCAGUGUAUCAUUUGCAAUCUUACUUUUUUAGUUUAGCUUUACGCAGAGGAGCUAGCUCAUGUAGAUUCUUGGUCAUGCUUCUUUAAAGUAAACAGUCAAUGUAGACUUUGAAGUGUGCAUCAGUCUACUCGCUGUUUUGCCAGCUGGCACAUGUUCGUCAUUAUCUUAUGUGCUAACCCUCAAAUUCUUUAAGCAACUGCAAAAAAAAACAAAAAAAAACAACGUAAACAACAGGAUGAAAUGACUCGCACGCUAGCUUCUCAAAAUAAAUGUUUUGAAGAUGCAGGGCUAAUUAUCGAGCUUAUUGUCAUGGCAUAUGAAUGAAUGGACAAAGUGUCUUUGAGUUAAUGUUCAUUGACUGAGGAUCCAUUAAGCAUCAUGCAAAUGAAUCACUUCUGAAUGUUGAGCAGCAUGAACUCAAAACACAUGCUGAAUCAAUUAAAAUCCUCAUGACGUUUUCAUUAUUUCUACAUGACUCAAAUUUUAUUUAUUAAAACGUCCUCUUCUGUCCUCACACUUGUCUUUAGACGUGCAGCAGAUAACGAAGACAUCCAUGAAGUGGGAGUGCAGACCGUGUUGAAUGUGUUUCUAUGCUUUAUAAUGGGGUCUACAAGGAAAUCACACCUUCCUCACCCUCCCACUUAUUUCCUGAUUUGAAGUGUGCACAGCUCCACCCUGUGGUUCACUUGUUAUUUUUCUGAGAGAGAGACAAGAGGUCAUACAGUAGCUGUUCCUUUUUGAUUUAAACAAACUGAGCUUUUGUCUUUUAGAAUAUAUCAAGUUGUCGGGCUAUGUGUGAGGCUGCUGCAUCUUAUUCCCUCUCUAUGCUUGAGUCACACGCAGGUGUUAACACGUUGUUUGCUGAAGCAGCUUACUGUAUGUGUUUUCUGCUUCACCUGUUACUGGAGACUUCACCUAAAUAUGGGUCUGCUCAGACUGAAACGAGCGGAGUAACGCCACUAUUAUCAGUAAUAUUUGCAGUGUUUUCAAAAUUCUCCAUGGGCAACCUUGAGAAAGCAGCCAAAUGUUCUGGUUGUCACUUUAGAUAAAAAGGGAAAAAUCUACAAUGUGUAUAUUAUGUCUGUAUCAAAACCCGAAAGCUGAAAAUGAAGAUCCAAACGUGGGUGUUUGAUGUCUGUUUGUAUGCUUUUUGUGUGUCAGUUCAGAGCGAGAGAAUAAAUUAAUUUAUAUAUUUUUUAGAAAAUCAAAGCUGUACUAUUAUUAAAAAAAAGGACUGUGGCCAAUAAAGAGUCUUAAACAAGUGAAAUAAUCUCAAAGUCAGACUCGAGUCGACAUCUGCACUCACUGCCUUAAAAACAUUCACAGGUUCAGUUUCACGGCUCCAAAUCUGAGAGACAAAUCUUUAAAAAGGCUUUUCAAGGAGGGCAAGGAGAAGACAGUGUACAGUAGACCUUUGUCAGUUUGUACAACAUAUACCAAGUGAAAAAAAAAUAUUUAUUACAUGCAUUGAAGAAAUUGUUUACUUAUUGAAUGUUACCUGUUUAUGUAGAAAAGUUUAGAUGUAAUAAAAUGCAUUCUGUUA